AUGAAAAAUUUCGAGCUAAUAAAACAAGGCGCCGAAGCCAAGUUAUACCAAGGCACUUACCUUGGCAAACCGGCCAUAGCCAAACAGCGUUUCGCCAAAAAAUACCGCCAUCCCAGCUUAGACAGCAGCCUCACCAAAGAGAGGAUAACCGCCGAAAACCGGGCUUUGAUAAGAUGCAAAAUCGCCGGUAUCCGCACGCCCGCCGUCUACGCCGUAAACCUCGCCGAAAACACCAUUUACAUGGAGCAUGUGCUGCACAGCAAAACGGCCAAAGACCUGAUAGAAGACUAUUCGAGAUCGAAUGAUCACUCUCGCCUGCAAGAGUUCUUCUAUCACAUAGGCAAAACGGUGGGCAAGCUGCACGAAAACAACAUCAUUCACGGCGAUCUCACGUCCUCCAACAUCCUCGUCGUUAGCAAGCAUAAUCCGCAAACGCUGGAGAAUUGCAAUCCGAGCGACCUGAUCAUCGUGCCGAUAGAUUUCGGAUUGAGUCGAAUCCAAUCGAGCGCCGAAGACAAAGGAGUGGACUUGUACGUGUUAGAACGAGCUUUGAUCAGCACCCACAGCCUAGCCGAGGAAUCGUUCGAGCACUUCUUGAGCGGCUACCAAGCCCAGUACACAAACGGCAGCAAAGAAGUGCUUCACAAGUACGACGAAAUUAAACUCAGGGGUAGAAAACGAGUUCUUAUCGGCAUUUGA